AUGGAGCACCUGCCGGAGGACUGCCUUCUCGCCGUGUUCACAAAACUGGAGAGCUUCCCCGACCGGGAACGCCUUCGGCCUGACCUGCCGCCGGUGGCUCGCACUCCAGAACGCCGCCCGCACAUCCCUGAGCCUCCAGCUAUGCUACAACCCCGACGCUCACAAGAUCUACACGAGCCACCUUCCGAGCUUGCUGGCCAGGUUCCCGCAUCUCCUCUCGCUCUCGUUCACCGGCUGCGUGGACCUGCCGGAGGCGGUCCUGUGGCGGCUACCGGACUCCACCGCCGGCCUCCAGUGCCUCUCCUUCUACUACUCCACCGCCCUCUCGGACGGCGCCCUCUCCGUCGUCUCCGCAGGGUGCCCCCACCUGGUCUCCGUCGUGCUCUACCGGAGCAACAUCACCGACCGGGGGCUGGAAUGCCUCGCCGGGAGCUGCCCGGCGCUGGAAAACGUGAACCUUUCCUACUCCUUCCAGGUCUCCGACGGCGGCGUGGCCGCACUCUCCAGGGGCUGCCGGCGGCUGCGCCUCCUGAUGAUCACAUCCUGCGGUCGCGAAGUCUCCGGCCGCGGCCUCGCCGGCUGCUCCCCCGCGCUGGCGUAUCUGGAGGCGGAUUCCUGUGCGCUCACCCCUGACGGGCUGCGCGCCGCCGUCAGCGGCGGCGGCCUCGAGUACCUCAACGUCUCCGGCAUCAAGAGCUGGAACGGAGGCGACGGGCUGGGGGUCAUCGGCGGCGCCGCCCAGCUGAGGGUGCUGAACCUCCGGAUGUGCCGUUUCUCGGGGGACGAGUCCGUGGCGGCGAUCGCGAGGGGGUGCCCGCUGCUGGAGGAGUGGAACCUCGCCCUGUGCCACGCUGUAGGGGCGGCUGGGUGGUCGGCGGUGGCGGGGGCGAGCAAGAAGCUGAAGGUUCUGCACGUGAACCGGUGCAGGAAUCUCUGCGAUGUGGGGCUGGCGGCGCUGCGAGGGGGGUGCGGGAGGCUGGAGGUUCUAUUUAUAGAGGGCUGCCCCCGGCUGACGCCGCAGGCCCUGGAGGAGUUCCGGCUCGCCCGGGGAGCCGUGGAGGUGAAGACUGAGGAGCGCCACUCCAUUGGCCCCCGCCUGGACUAUUUCUUCCGCCCGCCCUCGCCCUGA